AUGGCUCUCCGAACCGUUGGCGCGAUAGCUCUGUCUAUCUCCGCCGCCGCCGCCUUCCAGGGCACCUCCCCGCUCUUUGUCGUCUCCUCGGCCGACGCCCUCCCCGAGUUCGCCGACAAGAACAUCAUCUCCUCCGCCGCCGCCGCCCGCUCCGUCGAGCAGCUCCUCGCCGGCUGCCCCUCCGAGUCCUAUGUCGUCGUCAACCAGCCCGGCGUCUCGCCCACCGACUUCGAAGACAAGUGGUCUGCGCCUUGGCUGCGCUCCAAGUUCCACAAUGCCGACGCCGCCACCACUACCGCAUCCAUCAACGAGGUUGUUGGCGGCACCAGCGCCGACCAUGUGAUCAAAUACCUCGAGGAUCAGUGCAAGGCCACCCGGAUGAACAUCGACGCCUCGAAUGGUUACAUCUCCCUCGGCGAUGCUUCCCCGCGCGUCAUCAAGCUUGACUUCACCGCUCCCCCCAGCGCUGCUCCUGAGAGGGCUUCUGAACUGACCGAGAACGACUCGUUCCUCGACGCCUUGAUGUCCAGCGUCCAGGAGAAGAGCUACACCCUCAUCUAUACCACCACCCCGCCCGCCGUCGACCAUGUCCCGGCUCCCAAGCAACAGCACCCGGUCCAAGGCUACGAGAUGGAGGAGACGUUCCCUCUCCACACCGAGAUGAAACGUGCUUUGGCCGACCGCGCCGUGGAUGAUGACGAUGUGGCUCUCUUUGAGAAGUACCAGUUCCUCUCCCCAGGCAUUUUUAUGGGUCUUUCUGUCAGCAUCCUGCUCUUCCUCAUCCUCUACGUCGGCGUCACUGCCGUUGCCGGCCUCGAGGUUUCCUAUUUUGCUUUCAGCAAAGAAAUGGGCCCUGCUGCACAGAAGAAGCAACAGUAA